CAUCGAAGCAGAGUCAAAAUUCUCUGUUUUGUCACUUUUGGAGCAUAAAUUGAGUACGUCACUUCCGCUCUCUUGCUUCGGCUCAGUGGGACGUUCUUCUUCGCCAGAAUAAAUGACAGACAUGGAGCAGACCGGGUGCAAAGUUCAGGGACGUGUCUUUGCGGUGUUCAUAUUUGUCAGUAAAUCGCGAUGAGCCUGACCGCGGAGAACCACUGCGUCCCACUGAGCGACGGGAGCCGGAUCCCCCUGAUCGGUCUGGGGACGUACGGAGACCCGGCCACGACUCCCAAAGGAACAGCAUAUGACUGUGUGAAGCUGGCCAUAGACAUCGGUUACAGACAUUUCGAUGGAGCUUUGGUUUAUUUCAAUGAACAUGAGGUGGGACAAGCCAUCAGGGACAAGAUCGCAGAUGGGACUGUGAAGAGAGAAGACAUCUUCUACUGCGGCAAAUUAUGGUGCACUUUCCACCCUCCGGAGAUGGUCAGACCAGCUUUGGAGAGGACUCUGAAAGCCCUGAAACUGGACUAUGUGGAUCUGUACAUCAUUGAACUGCCCAUGGCUUUUAAGCCUGGAAAAAUUUUUUAUCCCAUUGAUGAGAAUGGGAAGUACAUCUACCACCACACGGACCUCUGCGCCACAUGGGAAGCUUUGGAGGCCUGUAAGGACGCGGGGCUGGUGAAGUCUCUUGGAGUGUCCAACUUCAACAAGAGACAACUGGAGUUGCUGCUGAACAAACCAGGGCUCAAGCACAAGCCUGUCUCCAACCAGGUUGAAUGUAAUCCAUAUUUCACACAGCCAAAGCUGCUGGAGUUCUGUCGACAAAACAACAUAGUGAUUGUUGGUUACUGCCCCAUUGGCUCGUCCAGAGAUGCAUCAUGGGUAAACCUGAAGUCUCCUCCGAUGUUGGAGGAUGAGGUGCUGGUGUCCAUUGGUAAAAAGUACAACAAGAGCACUGCCCAGGUCGCCCUGCGCUUCAACGUCCAGAGAGGAGUUGUGGUCAUCCCCAAAAGCUUCAACCCAGACAGGAUCAGAAGCAACUUUCAGAUAUUUGAUUUUUCUCUCACUGAGGAGGAAAUGCAGGCGAUUGAAGCUCUGAAUAAAAACGUGCGCUUUGUGGAGCUUCUCAUGUGGAGCGACCAUCCUGAGUACCCCUUUCAUGAUGAAUACUAAGACAUAGGGACUGUGGUGGAAACUAAGGUUGCCAAAAAUAUUGAAAAUCAGAUACUAAAAAAAGAUUAAAAAGUAUUAGAGCUCAUUUGAGCAGAUACUGAAAAAGUCACAGAGCAGAAAUAGACUUUUCCUGAAUAGCUUUAGACUGAUCUUGAGCUGUAUCAGAACACACUGACUAGGACACACAAUGGAACCCUACUGAACCUACCUGGGAUUACACAGGUAGGACUACGUGUUAAUAUAAAGGAAAGCACUACAGUUCUACAGUUUAUUGUUGAAAAUUACAUUCUGUUGUUUAAAUAAAGUGUUUUUAUUAUC